UGUAUGUCUUGACAGCUCAGGGGGAGCUCCAAUUAUCUCAAAGAUUCACACGUCACUUCCUAAGAUGCUCCACCUCCAGUCCUCUUUGCCUGUUGUUAUUGUCACAGUGCUGAUGUUCAGUCAUCCCACUGGCGCUUUUGAUUGUCCACCUAAUAUCAUUGGUGAACUGUGGAUAGGUUAUCUGCCCAUGAAAACCAUAAAGUCGCCAAGCGGCACCCCGAUCUGGCCCAUAGAAGCAAUUAUGCAAACAAUGGCCAGCGAAUGGGAUUCGUACCUCCCUACCCCACCAGAGAAGAACAUUGUAUGUAGAGCAUAUGGCACCUGCUACAAUGUCUCAUUUGUCCACAUAAACUACCCAAAGGAGGAAUGGGGUUCAAAAGAUAUUUACAAUAAACAGACCCUGUCUGACUUAGCCAACGUCGACUUGGUCGUUGGACACCACCUUCCCGCCGUGGAGAAAUACUGCAAGGCCAACAAACUACCUUACAUCCUGAGCUUACCACCUACCAUCGAGAUCGAGGAUCGAAUGCUGGCGGAAAACAACUCCGAAAGAGUGAUGUUCUCCGCCUGGCCCUCGUGGAAGAACUUCUUUGAGCUGUCAGCGAAAGCCUUUUGGGCGAGCCGAGGAAAUUGGGAAAAGGAUCUCAGCACAAUUGGUCGGGUGUUUAUUUUUGUUGAGGGUCCUGAUGGUGAACUAAAUGCAAUUGCAAACAAACUCGCCCAGGUUCUGAUGUUAUCUGAUGGAAUUGGAGUGAGGGCGAGUGCAGUUUUCGUACGGAUGUAUGAUAUGCAAAAGAUGGACGGGUACUCCUUCUAUGCGAUGCUGUCCUACAUUUUCAAUAUGAUAAAGCAAUUUGAAGCGGACAUUGUGGUCUAUAUGUAUAAAUUAGAGAACAAGCUCUGGCCUCUCAUGGAGACGUCUACAUUCUUUUCGAGGAUGCUUUCUGUGGUAGCGAAUACCGUAGACAAGAUCGAGUGGCUGUUCUGGGAUAUGAGGACGGAUUUCAAUGGGAUAUUAUCUGAAUUAUUGAAGAGUGCUGGUUACAGACUUGCAGAGUCCCUUCGUUUACGCAGCAUUAGUCUGUAUAACGCAAAACCAUUCGGCUUGAGUUGUGACAAUAUAACCACGGAUAUAUCGGAGAUUGUAGGAGCUAACGAUGCAGCCUCCAUGGCCAUCCUGAACACUGCCACUAUAGCCGAGCCGGACUUCACCAGGGCGAAGUUACUUGAGACGAUGAGGGAAACCAAAGAAUACAUUGCUGGGGUGAAAUCUCGACAACAACAUAACUGGGUCAACAUCUACAGCGGUUGGUCAUUCAAUGAUGGCUUUAGAGUGUACGCUGCCGUCUGCAUUGGCUUAGCAAUACCAAAUGCAUCAUAUUCUGGGGCAGGGGCCCAUGAAGAUUCGUAUGCGACAACACCACACGAUGACUCCGAUAGGUUUGAUGUCUUCACUGACUGCAAACCAAAAUUGGAAUAUUUUCUCAGCUACUAUUGGGAGGAUAAACUGAAUAGAGUUGUAGCGCACACGGAGCCACAGGAAAUCAUGCUGAAACAGGACCAUGAGACCAUGAAAAUCGUAGCUGUUCUGGAAGAGCCAUUUGUGAUAGCCAUGGGUGGUAACGAUGGUAUUAAUGAUGCUGGUUAUUCGGGGAUAGCACACGCGAUCCUUACAGAGGCAUUUUAUAGGAUGUCUCUGCGGACAAGUAAGGUGUACAAAUAUAAAAUAUACCACACUGCAGGGAACGAAUAUGGCCGGUUCAACCAAUCAACAAAGGCCUGGACAGGAGCCUUUGGGGAAUUACAACAAAAGAAAGCAGUCAUGGCAAUAGGAAUGAUCUCAAAAACCAUCCGCCGCAAGCGGGACUUCGACUUCACGCCAGCGUACGAAUUCGUUGGGAUAACGUUCACACUGAAAUUAUCUCGGAGAACACCAGACCUAGGGGCCUUCAUGAUGCCGUUUAAAUCACACGUUUGGUGGGGACUUUUGGCAGUGAUGCUCAUAUCAUGUGUGUUCAUUUACCUCUUAGACAGAUGGAACCCAUUUAUGGAGGAAAUAGAGCCAGAAAAAAGAUUCAAUAUGAACGAAAGUACCUGGUAUAGUUUCGGUGCUAUAACGCAAGCUGGCGGUGAAUUUGCCCCCAUCAUGUACCCUACGAGGGUUUACUCCAUUUUCUACUGGUUCUUCGCGCUGGUGGUGACUGCUUGCUACACUGGUAAUCUAGCCUCAUUCCUGGUGGAGCAGGACAUGUCGCUCAACUUCGGAGGCAUUUCCGAUAUUCCUCAUCUCGCGAAGAAAUUGAAAACUAACCUAAAAUGGGGCACCCUGAAGGGGUCUUACAUGGAAGAACACAUACGCGGCAAUGGAUCCAAGAAUGAUCUUACUGACUUAGCGAAAAGGCUCAACUACGACAGGAAUUAUAAAGAAGGAACUGACCGAGCCAAGAAGGGCGGUUAUGCUUUCAUUGGGACGAAUCUUCUGUUGCAGUACUACGCUGCAAAAGACCCCGACUGCAAGCUGGCGGUGGAUCCUAACAUCGAAUCAUUCACCGAGAUUGCCUUUCCGAUGCGACGGGAUUGGCCUCUGAGGAAGGACUUCAAGAUAGCCAUGAAUUCCAUGCGCGAUGACGGCACUUUUAAGAACGAACUGCAAAGGUGGAUCGCGAUUACCAAAUGUGUCGCAGCAAAUGACGAUGAAGAUGAUCAGAUACAGCUACGAUUCGAAGGUUUUACAGGAUUAUUUAUUUUGUUGGGUGUAUUUUAUGCCCUUUCCUACAUCGUAUUGUUUAUCAAACUUGCUGCGCUCAAACUCAAGGAGAAACACGAGAAGCUACAGAAAGAGUCCGAGGGAAAGGUUAACUCGAAUGAUGACGAAAGCGCAGGUAUUCCAAUGGUUGAAGAAGGUGACGGUAAAGAUGGCGAAAGAGUAUCCACUGUCUGAAGCACCGAAUGAACCCGGCAGUUGAUUGCAAUGCAACGGCGCUCCAAGACUAUCAAUAUACUUUUAUAAUGUAGCGUAAUUUAGACACAACUGUU